CAAUUUUUAGAAAAAUCAGAAUAAUAACAGAAAAGAAUGAUUAUAUAUAUUUUGUAGCAAAAAUUUUGCACUUUUUUAUUUUUGUUAUCAAAAACAUUCUAACAGAUGCCUUAAUUUAUUAAGAAGGUAAGAGAAAAGCAUUAUUAAAACAGAAAGCUGAAGAAGGGUGAAAGUGGUGGUAGCUUGAGAUUGAAUUUCGUAGAAAAUUGAAUUAAACAAAUAAUAGCCAAGUAUUUAUUUUUCUAUGCUACUUGGGUGGAGAGCCGGGCAUUGGAAUAUUUUGAUCAACCGCCUUUUGCCUUCCUUCCAAUAUGGUGUCUGUCAUUGAUGCCGAUUUCUCUUGAGUUCUUCUUGUUUUCUCAUAAGGCUAAUCCUUAAAAGCAGAAAACGAUGGCAUCGUUGUUAAUACGCCGAAAAGUUUCAUCUUUGGGCGUUUUUCACACUCUCAAUGGUUUAGAAGGAAAUAUGAAGCCCUUUGAUUUGCGUUGUGAAAUGAAGCUUGGACCUUUAUUUGGUGUUUCUAAUAAAAUAAGGCAAUAUAGCAACUCCAGUGCUACCACAAAGUUUGAUUUUACAGACCUGACUUCUCCUCAUACUUGGUAUCCAAAAGCUCGAAGGAAGCGUCGCAAAGUUAUCCUGCACAUGGGUCCCACAAAUAGUGGCAAAACAUACAAUGCUUUGAAACGCCUUGAGUCAAGUCCUUCUGGAAUAUAUUGUGGUCCUUUGAGAUUGUUGGCCUGGGAGGUGUCAAAACGAUUAAACAAAGCAAAAGUUCCCUGUGAUCUGAUCACAGGACAGGAGAGAGAGGAGGUUGAUGGUGCCAAACACAAGUCUGUGACAGUUGAGAUGGCUGAUGUAACCUCGGAUUAUGGCUGUGCUGUUAUUGAUGAAAUUCAGAUGUUGGGUUGUAAGACAAGGGGUUUUUCUUUUACACGUGCUCUAUUGGGAAUAGCUGCUGAUGAGCUUCAUCUUUGUGGAGAUGCGGCUGCUGUUCCUCUGAUUCAGGAAAUAUUGAAAGUGACUGGUGAUCAUGUUGAGUUUCAGUGCUAUGAGAGACUUUCACCUCUGGUUCCAUUGAAGGUUCCUCUUGGUCCAUUUAAAAAUAUUAGAACUGGUGAUUGCAUUGUAACCUUUUCACGUCGUGAAAUAUACAAACUAAAGAGAGAUAUUGAAAACGGGGGAAAACACCUUUGUUCUGUAGUUUAUGGUUCACUACCACCAGAGACUCGGACAAGACAGGCAACAAUGUUCAAUGAUGCAAGCAGCGAGUUUGAUGUUCUUGUGGCUAGCGAUGCCAUUGGGAUGGGUCUUAAUCUGAACAUUUCAAGGAUUAUAUUUUCAACAAUGACCAAAUUUGAUGGUACUGAGAUGCGGGAGCUCACUAUACCAGAGGUCAAGCAAAUUGCAGGGCGAGCUGGCAGGUAUGGAUCAAAGUUUCCUGUUGGUGAAGUUACUUGUAUGGAUGCAGAGGAUCUACCCUUGCUUCAGUCAUCACUGAAUUGCCCAUCUCCGACCUUAGAGAGUGCUGGAUUAUUUCCUACCUUUGACCUCAUGUUUAUGUAUUCACGAUUACACCCAAAAAGUGGCAUCUAUCAGAUACUGGAGCAUUUUGUAGAAAAUGCCAAAUUAUCUGCAAAUUAUUUUAUUGCUAAUUGUGAAGAAAUGAUGAAAGUUGCUGCUGUUCUUGAUGAGUUGCCUCUUGGGCUGCAUGACAAGUACCUUUUUUGUAUUAGCCCUGUUGACAUGAAUGAUGAGAUUUCAUCUCAAGGUCUUACACAGUUUGCUGAAAACUAUGCAAGAAAGGGCAUUGUUCGGCUGCGAGAAAUAUUUACACCUGGGACACUAAAGGUGCCAAAAUCACCAGCUGCACUCAAGGAGCUUGAAUCCAUCCACAAGGUCUUGGAUCUCUAUGUUUGGUUGAGUUUCCGGUUGGAGGAGUCUUUCCCAGACCGCAAGCUAGCUUCUUCACAGAAGGCAAUCUGCAGCUUGCUGAUUGAGGAGUUCCUGGAAAGAUUAGGUUGGCAGAAUCCUAGACCCAACAAGUUAAGAUUGCAAUCUGGUUCAAGAUCCCUAUUAUCCCAAAAUAUGAGACAAUAUUUGUGAAAGAUGUUUUUAUUUCCUUGAUAUAUUUACCCUUCCCUCCUAUGCUCUUGAUCUUGGUCAUCAAUUGUUUUAUUAUUGUUUUACUUUUCUUUUUUUUCUUUUUUUUGGGCCUAAGCAAGAUGGUUUAAUCUGAACCAUCAACCUUGUACCAUGUGAAUCAUUGUAUAAUUGCUACUGCAUUCAUAUUUAUACAAGCUCAAGGGUCAAAAAAUGGAAUACUUUGAGCAACAUAAUCAAGUGA